AUGUCAGUUAUUAAGUUCAAUGUUGCAGGAAAAGUUACCUGUCCAACUUUUGCACAUGUCGACUACGUUUGUGAUUAUUUGAGAAGGAAUUUGCCCAGUUUUUCUUACCAGAGGAUUGUUAAGAGGGAUGAUGUGUGGAAUAGUUACUUAACCGAACUCAACAAGCAAUACGGUUGGCAUCAUCUAGAGUCACCAUUAAUAUGGAUCGAAUACGGAAUUUCUGAUGAUAUUCUGGAGCAGAUGGUAGAAGCAGGAAUUGAAAUACCUGCUCCAAAAGCACAUUACUUGGGAAAAGCUUCAGAUUUCUGGGAAUAUUGCUGCGAAUACUACGCCUUGCAUUCUGUUUUGUCACCUUCGGAACUUAAAUGUUUGGUUCAGGACAACUUGAAGCAUUUGUGUGAUGCAGAAGAAGUAGAAAAAGACACCACUCUGAAUGCCAACAAAAGACGAAUCUGUAUCGUGGGUGCCAACAAUGAUAUAAUUUUUUAUCUGGCCAGAAAUUUGCUGGAAUUGCCCGAAAUCGAUCUGAGGGAACCAACAGAGAUUCUGCUUUUUGACAACAUAUGCACUGUUGAUGAACUAAAUUCCCUGGCUGAUUAUUUGGAUCCUGGAGUGUCUGAUGAAUAUGCAGUUUCGAAAACAGGCAAAGGGGUGAAAGAGAGACGGGUCAAAGUUGCAAGUAUUUUCGACACCACGUUUUUGGAAACUUGUCAUAUUCUUAUUGUUUUGAAUGGAACUGAUAAAAAUUCCCACGAGGACAUCGAAUCCUGGAUGCUUAGGAACAAAUUGGAAAUGCAAGAUCUUGCAGAACGACUAAACGCUGUGGGUUCUUACGAUAUCCGUAUAAUAUUUCCAGUGGGCCUUGGAUGUGGCCCUGUUUGCGCAAAUGCAAAUCUUUUGGCAUCUUUGGCCAGGACUUAUCGACCUAAGAAUAUUGUCGUUGCCAGUGCUAGUUUAGGCCUAAAUGCUCUGCCAAUAUUGGCAGAGGCUGCCAAUGUUGCCAUAACUGAUGUGUCUUUGCCUCCAGUUUGGGGAAGUGCCUCUUCACCAAAGACCGGAGGCGGAUUUGUGGAUUGUUAUCAGGCCAUACAUCAUUUCACCAGAUUUACCCCGAAUGAACGUGCAAGUCGAGCCAAACCAAAUUCGACUUUACCCUUGGGCGAUUAUUGCAGGGAUGAACGUCCUAUAGCCUACAGGAUUCACAAUGUUCCUGAUCUUUACAGGAAGAUUCUGGAUUAUUCGGUCAAAAACGAGCAGCAAGUCAACUUUAACACGGUGAAGGCUGUUGUGGAUUUGUUGCAAUUGUGGUACGGAAUUUAUGAUGGUGAAGUUAUUUCUGCUGGAAUUGUCUCCAAUGGUACCUUCGGUCUCCCAGAAGGUCUAAUGUUUUCCCAACCAGCUUUUUUGGAAAACGAAGACUGGCUUCCUUGUGAAGAGAUAUCCUUGCCAAAUUUAGAUCCUGGAAUUACUGUGAAUGAUCUUGCAACAUGCAGUUUGUGGACGCACAAGACCUACAUGGAGGAAAAGGUUGUCGAAAAAAAAGUGGAAACCGUGAAGAAAAUUCUGAAGGCCAAGAAUUAUUGUUCUUUGAGUUAUCCUGGCAUUUUGAAAGAUGAUUGA